CACAACGUCAUUGGAUUGUGUUUUGACGACAGGUAAACAGACAGAUGGUAUGGCUACAUAAACACCUAGUACAUCUCAUACGAUAUCAGAUUUAAAAUCAAAAGGUUACCAGUAUGGCGAACUGUACAGCAUGUACAGAAUACCUCUGCUCAGACAAAGGGUUGCUAAUGCCCUUUGUAAACGAGUAUACAUGGCCAAAGGAGGCAAGGGCGACAAUCUACUUUUUGGGGUUAUUAUGGAGCUUCAUGGGAGUAUCAAUUAUAGCAGACAUUUUUAUGCAAGGAAUCGAGGCAAUCACUGGCAAAACCCAGCAAGUAAAAGUCCCUGAUCCUGAUUCAGAAACUGGCUACACGGAAGUUGAAAUUAAAGUUUGGAACGGUACUGUUGCGAAUUUGUCCCUCAUGGCACUAGGGUCAAGUGCACCAGAAAUUUUAUUGUCAAUUAUAGAAGUUGUGUUUAAUGAUUUUAAAGCCGGUGCGCUAGGACCAGGAACAAUUGUUGGUUCAGCAGCUUUUAAUUUAAUGUGCAUCACUGGCGUGUGCAUUUUGUCAAUAUCAGCAGGAGAAACAAAAAGAAUUAAAAAGUUCAAAGUUUUCCUAGUGACAGGGGUAUUCUCGCUAGUUGCCUAUUUAUGGCUUUUGAUCAUAUUAGUUGCCAUCACACCCGAUUAUAUUGAUGUAUGGGAAGCAGUUGUAACGUUUUUGUUUUUUCCGUUGAUGGUUUUGAUUGCUUACAUGGUUGAUAAAGACUUUUUUGGGAAAGGAAGUGUACAGGAUUCUGGUCUUGAAAUGGGAGAAGAACAGAAUUUAUUGGAGAAACAUAAAGCUGACAGACAAAUUAUACAGGAAGUGCUUAGAAGAUUGCAUAACAAGAACGACGUGAAAGACAAAGAUAUUGCUUUGCUCACGGCAAAACUGAUGGAAGAAAACAAAGAACACAGCAGAGGAUGGUACCGAAUCAACGCCAUUAGGUCUCUUACCGGGGGUGCAAAACUUACUCCACAAAUGAAUGAAAGGACAGAAGAGCUUCUUAGAACCUUGGUAGCUUGUGAUGAGAUGGGUUCCCAAGUUUCUUUGACAGAACUAAGUCAAGGUGGAGAAAAGUCUAUCAUAGAAUUUACUGCUCCUUCAACCUCUAUACUGGAAUGUGAUAAACGAGUAAAGAUUGGUAUCGCUCGACAUGGCAAUACUAACAGAAGAGUUAGAUACAGGGUUGAAACUUUCGAUGGAACAGCCGUUGCCACAGAGGAUUACAUUGAGUUCAAACAGUCUUUAGUUUUUGAACCAGGAGAAACUAUGAAUUAUAUUGAAAUCGACAUUGUGGAUGAUGAUAUUUGGGAAGAAGAUGAAGUUUUCUUUGCAAAAAUUUCAAUAGAUCCUUCUGAACCAGGGGUUGUUGGGAGAAGGGCCAUUACUCAGAUCAUAGUAUUAAAUGAUGAUAUUAGGGACACUAUAAGAUUCCCAAAGCCAGCCUUUGUAUUCAAAGAGAGUGUUGGAACAGCUUUAGUCCCAGUAGAACGAGAAGGAGGUUGCAAGGGCAAGGUCACCGUGAAAUAUGAAACCAGAGAUUUAGUAGCCGUCAAGGAUCGUGAUUACAGCGUUGAUCCAAAGCAGGAAAUUGUAUUUGAGAAGGGAGAAGUUUCCAAAAUGAUUGAGAUCUGUAUCCAUGAUGAUAUGGAAUUUGAAAAAGAUGAAAAUUUUGAAGUUAAAUUGACUGGAGUAGAAGGCAAUUGUGAAAUGGACAAACGAAAAACGAGAUGUGUUGUUACUAUUGUAAAUGAUGAUGAGUUUAAAGGAUUCGUUGCCAGAGUAACUGAUCUUACUAAUGCUAACUUGGACUCCCUUCGAAUGUCAUAUACAUCAUGGGGCAAACAAUUCCAGGAUGCAAUGAAUGUCAAUGGUGGAGACGUUGAAAAUGCAACCUUUGUAGAUUAUAUCUUGCAUUUCUUUACAUUUGGUUGGAAGGUUAUUUUCUCUUUAGUUCCGCCAGCAAGUAUCCUAGGAGGAUGGUUAUGCUUCAUUUGCGCUUUAAUAGCUAUUGGAAUAUUAACUGCGAUAAUUGGAGAUUUAGCAAACAUAUUUGGAUGCCUAAUUGGUUUGAAACCGGAAGUCACAGCAAUCACGUUCGUUGCUUUGGGAACUAGCUUACCAGAUUUAUUUGCCAGUAGAGCAGCUGCAACAUUAGAACGAUCGGCUGACAAUGCAGUAGGAAAUGUGACUGGCAGUAAUGCAGUCAAUGUUUUUAUGGGUCUUGGUGUUUCUUGGACGAUUGCUGCAAUUUAUUGGGCGUCACAGGGCAAAAACUUUGAAGUACAAGCUGGUAGUUUGGUAUUCAGUGUAAUAAUAUAUGCUAUUUGUGCUGUAGUAACAUUAGGGCUUUUAAUUGUGCGACGUUUUACUGGUAUCUUUGGAAAUGCGGAACUUGGUGGUCCAACAGGUCCAAAGAUGGCAUGUGGACUAUUUCUCAUCGGCCUAUGGUUCUUUUAUGUUCUUUUGUCAUCAUUACAAACUUAUGAAUAUAUUUCUGGAGUAUAAACUUUUAUUUCAACUAUGUUAUAUUGUUGUACAAUGUGAUAUUGUUAUUUUAUAUUUAGUUGUUGAUUUUGUUUCCGAACUUGUACAUUUUAUUCAGUGAAUGAAACAUGAGAGCUGAAAUGAAUUCCCGAUUUUGACUUCUAAAAAUAAAAUUCACAUAUCUUUUCAUAUUGCUGAUUACUAUGUUUUGUAAUAGGACCACUAGAUUAUUUCAGUACAAUAGUUUUACAUCUUGUAGAAAAAUAAGUACUGUUUAUAAAAACGAAUACAUAUUACGAAGCAUCUAUCCACUGGAAAAAUUAUCACUUACAAUUUAAAUCUUAAAUUACUAUCAAUUCUUCGAUAGAUAGUUAUACAUGCUUUAAAUAGUUCUAUGUGCUUUUAAAUUAUGUAUUUUUCAGUAUGCUAUAAUAUCUAAUACAUGAAUAUUAUAUACAAAUCUCCGACUUAAACCAUACAGUAAUACGAUGGGCGCCGGACGCCCACCAUAAAUCAAGUAAUAUUACAUUUAAUGACGUUUUAUGUAUUCCAAUGCUCAUAUCUUUGAGUAUUCAUUUUAGAUUUUGUUUUCGGUUGUCUUAUUCGGGUAUUGAUCGGGCAUUGUUUCAAAUAUUAAAGGAAAUGGGAUUGCAUUAUAUCAUUGCUGCAUUAGUAGAACUGUUUUAGUCUACAUAUAGAAAACUUCAAAACACAGAUAAUCAAAAAUUUCCAUUUAUCCUGAGCAAGUGCUAUAAUAUGUUCAGUGCUAUUUGUAUACAUUAACAGAUUAACGAAUAUCUCGUUAAAUGAACCAAUACUUUUGAUUGAUUCUGGAUUGUAUAAAGACUUGUAAACAAAUUCAACUUUACCCUGUUUCAAUGUAUUGAAUGAAUGGAUUGCCGUUAUACGAUAUUUUUUUAUUUUAAUAAAUAAAAAAUCAAAAUUCGUUAUUUAAAUAUGUUAUUUUUAUAUUUGAUCAUGUUAUGGUUUAGUACAUAGAGCAUGUAUAUGAAACAAAACAAAACAAAAUUACACGUCGUGUGACUGAAGAUACCUUAUUAUAGCGGUUAUCACUUUUAUAUUAAUUCUAUUUUAUAUUAAGUUGGUCACAUUUAUGUUUAAAGCACUUGAAAAAUACUCCUUGUCACUUAUUUCCACUCAUAGUAAAAUACUUUUUGUAGCAAAUGUUUGUUUUUUUUUAAAUUUUAUAUAAAGAUAGUUUGAAUGCGCGGUUGAGAGGAACACACAUAGUUAACACGAGCGAUAGAGUAUGCAAUUGAGGAAUUAAUACAUUUAUUGUUAUACAUUUAUUGUUAGUCAUUGAGAUUUUAGUUCAAACAUAUUUUAUUGUUCAAAAAUGACAAAUGUUUUUCAACUUAGUAAUGAGUUGUUCCUUUGGUAUAAAUGUUUCCCUUGAAUGUUCAUUUCACUUUUGUACUUGAUGUCUUAUUUAUUUUUUGUGGAACAAUAAAUUUUGCGUGCACACAUGUCUUUGAACUUCUGGUUCUGUAGACCAAUAGGUAAAAUAUUGGAUGCUUGUAGAAGUUAUAGAAUUUUAUACAGUUUUAGAGAAUUAUAAUCUGGAUUCUUCUUGUAAAUAGUAAAAAUAUAGUAUACGAAAACAUGAGUUUACAAGUUAAAAACAAUAAAUAAUUAUAUUGUGUUGUAUCCUGUGUAUCAAAGGUCUCUUUUGCUAUAUAGAAAAUGUAAUCAGAUUUCCUCACAUUAAGAAACAAUUUUGAGUAUAGAAACAAACGUCCUUUUUUUUCUAUCUGUUUUGGUUAUUGUUGUUCACAAAUCUAAGCUCUCAGAUAAAUUAAUCAAUAAUGCUUAAAAAUAUCUAAGAUACACAUACAAAAACAUUCUCUUCAAGUUUAAAAGUCCUAUAAGUGAUACAUUAGAAUGUUAAGAUUUCAUGCUCUUUAAUCUAUCAGCAUUAUUUCCAUUUUCCAUCUGCUCUUAUCAGGAAUUGUACAUCACCUUUGUGUUUUUGGUUUAGUUUCAAAUUCACGCUCCUAGUUAUACAUUUCAAACGAAGUUACAAAAUGCAACACAUAUAAUAAAAUAGAAUUUAAAAGUGCCAAAACCAUAAUUAAGUCACGGACAGUAUUGCAUUAUAGAUAACAUUAGUAAAUUAUAUUUUUUUAAGUUGAUAUAUGUAUAUUGUAAUCUAUUUACCACUGUCUUGAUUGUCUUUUUCAUAGUUAUUACGAUUAAUAGAUUCCUACUUAGUUUUAGUACACGAAACAUAUAUUUUUUUUUACCCCGUUGAUUUUUUACCUACAGGUCUUUUCCACAGUCCACCUUUCUAUAUUCAUAGACAUUUAUUGAAAAUCAAUGACACCGAAAACAAAUGGGAAACUUUGAGAUUUGUUUUUCAUUGUUUCAUUUAUGUCGUUGUGUUUUAAAUAGAAUAUUUUCACGAAUAAAACUAUUGCUUAAAAUUCUUAAAAUAAAAAUUUUUGGUUUUGUUAAUACAAAACCAAACACUCUUAAAAGCAAUGUAUGAUCAAAGAAAAAGGAGACUAUGGAGACAAAAAAAUCGCUGAAAAGAUUUAUUGUUAUAAAAUUGUUUGGACGAAUCAAAUCUGCAAUAAACUUUCAAAUAAUGUUUCACUUUGUAUAAAAUAUUUGAUUAUGAGAUUUUAUGUACAAUGGUACAAGCACAUGUUCUAACACUUUGUUAGUAAAAGUUUAUAUACUUUGCCAAUAAAACUUUCCUCAAGUUUGUAGAA